AAAGCUACUUGGUUCGUUUAAAAUAGCAUGUAUCAGUGGUUCAUCUGAAGGUUUUACGCUGUGAUCUGAGGUGAAAAACAACAGAGAAGAUGAGGAUUAUUAUUCUGGCUGUUUUAAUUUGUGCGUGUCAGGCUGCACAGGUACGUGAUUGUGGAUUUCACCCACUUAUUGCAAAUGGAGAUGUUACAGAGCUGCCAAGUGGAAAGGAAUUAAAAGUUCAGUGUGCAAUAUAUUAUAAACUAGAAGGACCUGAAAAAGUAGGAUGUGUGGAAGGGGAAUGGACGGAGCUCCCGGUGUGUAAACUUACAGGAGGUGGGGGCGGUGGUGAAUUUCUACGUCCUGAUCAGAUUGGGGUUCUGCUGCCAGUCCAUUUUUGUGGAUCUCACCCCCUUAUUGCAAAUGGAGAUGUUACAGAGAUGCCAAGUGGAAAGGAAUUAAAAGUCCAGUGUGUGAGAUAUUAUAAACUAGAUGGACCUAAAACUGUAGGAUGUGUGAAUGAGGAAUGGACGCCGCUUCCAGAGUGUAAACCUCCAUGUAAAGUGGAAGGUGAACGUAUUCAUUCUAGUCAGUCUGAUGAAUAUCUGCAAGAGGGUGAAGAGAAGAGAUAUUCCUGUGCUUUCCUCAAGAAAAUAAAUGUCAAAUGCUUCAACGGAACAACAAUCUACGGUGAAUGUAAGUGUAUCCUGUGUUUUAUCUAGACAGAAAAGAACUAGUGAAAAGUUCUAGUUACAGAUGAAUUUAUCCUUUAUUUCUGACCAUUAGUAUCUAAUGAAUAAAGCACUCGUGCUGACGUGGGCCAGACAGAGUUAAAUCUAACAGCUCUUCUACCACAGUGAUUUUAGUUAAAGAACAACACUCCACAUUUUCUAUCUGUAUAAAGUUGCUUUUAAUGUUUGUGGAUGCGUUCUAAAAUCAAUUUACUUCCUGUUCUUAUUUACAUUAAAGCAGUUAUAAAUGGCUGUUUCCUCA